AGUUGAAGUCUGAAAAAAUGAGGAAGGUAUCCUUACACGUGGAAGAGAUGAUGGUUUGGUCGACUCGACUCAACCGACUAAACGAAAGCGAACACGAGAAAGAGACACAACCUCAAAAGACCAAGCGUCAAGUGACACUCGACGCAGACUUUGCAGAGGAGGAUGGGCUUGAAGCGCCAGAAGAAGUUCACAAUAUCAGGUUUCCUACUGUUUGUCACGAUGAGUGUCCUUUGCAAGAGAGAAAUGUUGGUCUGGGCAAGCCAGAGAAUUGCGUCCUCUCGAAGUGUUGCUUUUGUCGUUCGAGGUUCCUUUCCCCGCAAUCCUUCCCAGCCAUCCCACCCAGAUGUGUACCAACAACGGCGCUACUUGACUUCCCAUUCGAGUUUUUGAUCCAUCGUCCAAUGAACAUUCCAAUUUUGGCACCAACAAGAGAAAGCAACCAAGAGGUCGUGCCGCAGCAGCCCAAAAACAACAAGAAGAAGCCGAAGACACCGUGUCGGCCGAUGAACUCCAACAAAUUCUGGAUGGCAACUUAGACAACAAUUCACCUACAGCAAUGACCAAGAAAAAGAAGAAAUCCAAAAAGAAAAAGAAAAUUGAACUCUUUCGGGCCGAUCGAGUCUUGGCCAAUCGCAGUGGCAAGACACGAGCUGAAUGCUUCAAAUUGCUGCGCAAAAAUGCCAUUUCCAUUUUGGAAGAUGACAGUUUGGAUGAUUCCAUCAUCGCUAUUGUGGAUGACGAUCAUUCAAAACCACAACAAGAUGAUCCAACCAGUAAUCGAUUGCGACGAGUUGUGGUCCAAGAUCCAUCAAUCCUUCGACAGAUCAAAGGACCCAAGGAAAAAAUCCCAAUGAACUGCCGCAUGUUGAUCAAUCAAAAAUUCGAAGUCCCCAACUUGCCACCCCUCUUGACGGUCUAUCACAAACCCAAAUGGAUGCUGUCCACCAUGGGAAUUGAUGCCAAAGGACGACGCAAUCUACAGGAUCUUUCCUUUGCCUUUUCGGAACGAAUGCAUCCCGUGGGGCGAUUGGAUUACGAUUCCGAGGGAUUGCUGCUCUUUAGUUCCUCGGGAAAAUUGACCCAAUCCUUGUUGCAUCCCAAACACGACAAGGAAAAGGAAUAUAGAUGUAUUGUCACUGGGGUGGUGCAGGACGACGUGUUGCAAGCUAGACUCGCCGAGGGAGUGGAACUGGCGGAUGUGUCGUCGUCUACUGCCAGCAAGCAGCAGCAGGACGGCAAUAGCAAGCCCACAUUUACGACCCGGGCACAUCUCUUGGAGGUACAGCAUUGUACACCGGACACUGUCGCUCCUUAUCUGGAAGGAAUCAAAAAGUCUUUGCCUCCAGAAUACAAUCAAACUGAUUUGAAUUUGAGAGGAUACAUGGAUGUCUUUGAUGCCACGCAACUUUCCGAAAUUAGACUCGUUGUCACGGAAGGCAAACAUCGAAUGGUGAGACGCCUCUUGGCGACUUGUGGCCAUUCGGUUGUCUCCUUGAAACGAGAACGCAUUGGAGCUAUUGAAUUGGGAGAUUUGCCGGUGGGAGCCUUUCGAAAUUUGAAUCCUACAGAAGAAGAAUGGGCGCACCAUACAUUAGAGGGUAAAAGUACAGAAUAAUAGAAGCAGCAGAAGCUACAUAUCACCACCUGAGCUGUGGACUAAUGAUCAUGAGACAAUGUAACAAUUAACGAGCUGCUUUUCUGGGAACGUCAGAGUACAGGUGCGAGGAGGAGGCAUCUAGGUACACACAACAGGAGGCAUCUACAAAUAGCAAUGCCUUCUAAACUUAACUUGGAUUACUACUCUAAAAUGGAGCACCCCCUAUCCUUUGUCCUAAUUUUCGUGUAAAAGAAACCUCAUUCAAUGCCGUAAAACUUUCAUGCAACUUGCAGCCACUCAUCGUCUUGCCCUGGCCAACCCCACGUACAGGUCCAUGUCAACCCAUUUUCAUUCCAUUCAUUCAUUUUUUUAACCAAAACGUUUACUCGCAAUACUUUGCAGUUGCCCUACCAAAGAGUGCAAACAGACAAACAAAAAAGAGUUACGGUCAGAGAGAUACGUACUAAAUACUAAAAUGUUAUAUAAUCU